UCCUCCCGUCUCUCUUCCUCCAAAUCCUUCCCCGUCCAUUUACAUCAUCGCAACCGCUCCGAUGUCCGUCCCCCAAACGACACCGCUACUCCUGCUACCACGGAACGACAGCACUGGUCGCGCAGACUAUUCAUCGAUACAUCAGACCUCGAGUCGGACAAAUCUCGAGGUGGCGACAACACAACCAGUAAUGGGAAACAGCGGCAUUCCAAGCCUCGCGAUCACCACCGUAUUCCGCGCGCCGUGAAUCAGAUUGCAUCCGCCGGUGGCGCCAGGAAUCUGCUGCCUACUAGAUCGUUUCACAAGGCCGGUGACAGGGAUAGGGAGGCUGCAGAUGGCAAUCUCUUGAAACCAUCGCUUACGCAUGAUUCUUCGCGGUCUCUGCAGAGCUCCAGGUCGACGAGUGCGCACAAUGCGGACGCGGACAGCAGAAAGGGGAGUCUGAGUCUGGCCAGUGAUCUGAAUAGGAAGCUGGGUUGGACCACGCUGAGAGAUAUCAAGACAAUGGACGAUUUGGAGGAGGUGAGGAGGACGAGAGAGAAGGGCGAGGAGUUUCUCCGUGCAAAGCUAUCUUCAAUGGGCUUGUUGGCAGCCGACAUCACUCGACAACUUGACUAUACAUACUACAACCUCCUCGAGCGAGUGUCAACGCUAUAUUCUACCAUUCGCACCUUUCAAGAACUCAUCGACUCGAGCUCGGCUUUACAAGACAAUUUCCAGCGCGACAACGCCAACAUUGAGUCAGACAUUCGCAAACAGCUCGGAGAUUUCCAGAACUUCGAUCCUCAAAUGCGCAGAAUCGAUGUUUUGGAAGAUCGCAUGAGCGCAGGCCGUAAUAAAAUGGAGGCUCUGGGAGACCGGCUUGAUGUGGUGCGCAGGGAGAUUAAGGCAUGGGAACGCCGCGAAAAUGAGUGGCAAGCACGCGUCAGUCGGCGGUUGCGCAUCUUCUGGGGCGUGAUGGGCACGACGAUUGUGGUUCUUGUUAUUGCGUACGUGGUACAAAAAUGGCCCGCUGAAAUUACU